AUGCGGAGGGUCCAUGGACGGUACAAACGCGAACGAGCCACCAACAGACUUAUCGUUCGAGAAAACAGACGAGCAAGGCCCGCGAGACAAUGGAGGCCGACAGCUCCACUUCUUCAAGGCUGUGAGAAUUUGAAGAUAGCCCGGACGGGACGUGGAAUACAAGUAGAAAGUCAACACCACUUUCAUUCCGCUGUUGUUUCUGGCAAGCUGUCCAUUUUGCGAAACACUAAGAGGGCUAGAGUUAGAUGCUUAAAGCCAUAGCUUAAUUGAUAAGAAAGAACGAUUACUAGACCUUAGACGAUGGGAUGGUAUUUAGAUUUAAGUGGGACACUACCACCACCUACCACUGAGUGAAAAACUGUUUUGAGAUUGGUCCAUUUUUAGGGUUCGUUGAAAUUAGAGCGCCGCUCUCUCGUUAAAUGGACCUAUGUUUGGUAUAACAUGUUGAGAUUGGUCAAAUUUGGAGACAACAUAGCGCCGACGGAGCAGCAACUUAAAAACACGUUCAGAUAUGUUAUGGAUAAUGCCAUGUCCAAAAUUUUUAUCACCACUACCGGGGAUGAGAAGAAUCCAUGCCCUAGAACGGGUAAUGAUAAGGUCGACGACAUCAUUGGGGACUUAUCAAGACUCAAAAGUGCAGCAGAGGAACGCCGAAUGGAGAAAAGGAGGCUUGAAACACAGCCGCAAUCCAACAAACGGAAUGUCGAGCAGAUACUCUGCAAUAAUACCCUCCCUCAGGUCGUGCAAGACCCGGAACUAGCAGAAUCAGACAGCUCUUUUUCAGCGAUCGAUGAUGUGGGUGCGCCCAGCGUGCGGACAAGUUUCGAAAGACGCAGGAUAAAUUAAGUCACUGCUAUGGAUUUGCAGGAUUCAUUUUCUAGUCUCUUUUCUGAGAUGCAGCAAAGAGAGUCAACCAUGGUAGAGUUUCUUAACUCGAUGGUGGACUAUACGAAAAGAAGUGACCAAGAAAAGAAGGGAAAAGACCGGAAAACUAGAGAGGAAGGUAUUGCGAUUGAGAAGGAAAAGAUCGCAUUUGAGAAGGAAAAGAUCGCCCUUGAGGAACACGGGUUUGACCAGUCGCAAAGGCAUUCAAUAAUAAUCACUUUUUCGCAAUACCAGGCUUAG